AUGGCUGAUUCUGCCGAUCUCCCUGACCGCAAACCCCGCAAGUCGGUCCAAUUUUCCGAAGGUGCUACGAUUGUCGACAGCAACGGCGACGUUACCGAAUCACUAGAGAUGAACGGCGACAAGGACUCCGCUGAGGGCCACGCCGCGAGUGCUGGUAAGAUGGACCACACACUGGAAAUACAUCAGUCGCUGACAAGUGGGGCUAUAGGCGACGACAAAGAGGUCGAGGAGGUCACCGACAUGUUCGCUGAUCUCGCAAAGAAGAAGAAGAAGAAGUCCUCCAAGAAGAAGGAAGGCGAGGAAGAGGACGGUGCAGAGGGCGACUUCGCCGCGCUGAAGAAGAAGAAGAAGUCCAGCAAGAAGAAGGUCGAGGACGACUUCGAGGCCAAGCUCGCUGCCGCCGGCGGCGACAAGCCCGAAGGCGAGGAGGAGGUCGCUGCUCCCGAACCCGAAGUACAAGAAGGCGACAUGAUGAAGGGCACCGGCAUCUGGGAACACAACUCGACGACCCCCAUCUCGUACAACCUCCUCCUGAACCGCUUCUUCACGCUCCUCCACGCACAACAUCCCGACCUCGCCAGCUCGGGCACAAAGAGCUACAAGAUCCCGCCCCCACAGUGCAUGCGCGAAGGAAACAAGAAGACCGUCUUUGCCAACCUUGCCGAGAUUUGCAAGCGUAUGAAGCGUUCCGACGAGCAUGUUGCUCAGUUCUUGUUCGCUGAAUUGGGUACGAGCGGUUCGUUCGCCGACCAGAAGCGCUUGGUCAUCAAGGGUCGUUUCCAGCAGAAGCAACUCGAGAACGUCCUCCGACGAUACAUUGUCGAAUACGUCACCUGCAAGACCUGCCGCUCGCCCGAUACCGACCUCUCCAAGGGUGAGAACCGUCUCAACUUCGUCACCUGCAACAGCUGCGGAUCGAGACGUUCUGUACAAGCCAUCAAGACUGGUUUCUCGGCCCAGAUCGGAAAGAGGCGGAGAAUGGUGGGUUAG